AUGAAGCGUUGGGCGAUAGCGGUGCAUGGAGGAGCUGGUGUGGACCCUAACCUCCCAACCCACCGUCAGGAAGAAGCCAAACAACUCCUCACUCGCUGUCUCAAUCUUGGCAUCUCUGCACUCCGUUCCAAUGCUUCCGCCCUCGACGUCGUUGAACUUGUCGUGAGGGAACUGGAAACGGAUCCUCUGUUCAACUCUGGGCGUGGAUCUGCCCUAACAGAGAAGGGAACAGUGGAGAUGGAGGCAAGCAUAAUGGAGGGUACAAAGAGACGAUGCGGCGCCGUUUCGGGCGUCUCCACCGUCAAAAACCCCAUCUCACUCGCUCGCCUUGUCAUGGAAAAGUCGCCACAUUCCUACCUCGCUUUCUCCGGCGCUGAAGAGUUUGCCAGGCAACAGGGUGUGGAAGUUGCGGAGAACGAAUAUUUCAUCACUCCCGAUAAUGUCGGUAUGCUGAAACUGGCAAAGGAGUCUAACACAAUCCUGUUUGAUUAUAGGAUUCCGACGGCGGCAACCGACACAUGCGGUACAGCCGUUGAGAGUCCCAUGAAAAUGAAUGGAUUGCCAAUAAGCGUGUACACGCCGGAGACGGUAGGGUGCGUGGUGGUGGACAGCGAGGGAAGGUGUGCGGCUGCGACGUCGACAGGAGGGCUGAUGAAUAAAAUGAGCGGUCGGAUCGGCGACUCACCCCUGAUAGGUGCUGGAACGUACGCGUGUGAGGUGUGUGGGGUCUCAUGCACCGGGGAAGGGGAGGCUAUCAUACGUGGGACAUUGGCGCGUGAGGUUGCGGCGGUCAUGGAAUACAAGGGCCUGGGGCUUCAGAAGGCUGUGGACUUCGUCAUAAAACAUCGACUCGAUGAAGGGAUGGCGGGGCUUAUUGCGGUGUCUAAUAGUGGUGAAGUGGCUUAUGGCUUUAACUGUAAUGGCAUGUUUAGGGGAUGCGCCACUCAGGAUGGGUUGAUGGAGGUCGGAAUCUGGGAAUGA